CCGCAGGCGCUGAGGUGCUAUCUGUCCGGGGGGCUUCUGGGCAGUGAUGAACGACUGUCACGCCUAGAGAGACCUUUCGGGGGCUCUCGCCGCGCCUCUGCGGCGCGGGUGACACUGCGGUGCUCGCGAUCAGGGCGGCAGCUGCCUCUCAGUGAAGACGUCUUGGGGUCCGUGCCCUCUCCCUCUCCUUCCUCUUCUCGCUCCUUCCCUCCCGCGGCUGCUCGCUCCUUAGCUCUCCGGCUCACACCCGUAGCCUCCCGGAGCCGGAGGCGUACAUGCCCGCAGCUUCUCUUCCAAAGGAGCUUCCUCACUUCGGAGAUGCAGUGACAAGUUAAUAUGGGCAUCCAAGCUUCGGGUUCCCAGGAGGAGAAUCGCAAGAGGCAACGGUCCCUGAGCGUCCAGAGCCCUUGAAUAGGCUGCAGAGGAGGGGCGUGAGACCAGACUGCAGCAUCUGUCCAGGUGUCCAGCUGAGCGUCGCGUGCGACCAGUCCUCCGCCCCAUCCCGGCACUGCGAAGGCGCGCUCACCAGAUUGCUCCGAGAUCCCCAAACCGGGGAUUUUGUUUUUCUUUCCCUCGGCUGGUGGUGGGCGCCUCGCGGGCCGAGGCCCGGCGCCUGCUCUGCUGCCCGCGCUGCCUUUAGCGGUCGCCUCCGCCGCCGCUGCCAGGGACGUGCUGGGAAAACCGAAGCCCCGGGAGAAGAUGCCGGCUAUCCUGGUCGCCUCCAAAAUGAAGUCGGGACUACCCAAACCGGUGCACAGCGCCGCGCCCAUCCUGCACGUGCCCCCAGCCCGGGCCGGCCCCCAGCCCUGCUACCUCAAGUUGGGAAGCAAGGUGGAGGUGAGCAAGACCGCCUACCCUAGCCAGAUCCCCCUGAAAUCGCAGGGGCUGCAAGAGCUGGCGGGGGAGGGGCUCCCGUUGCGGAUGAGCAGCUCCGUGGAAAACGGGUUCGAUACCCAGAUCUACACGGACUGGGCCAAUCAUUAUCUAGCCAAAUCAGGCCACAAACGUCUCAUCAAGGAUCUCCAGCAAGAUGUGACGGACGGCGUCCUCCUGGCCCAGAUUAUCCAGGUUGUGGCAAAUGAAAAGAUUGAAGACAUCAAUGGCUGUCCGAAGAACAGAUCGCAAAUGAUUGAAAACAUAGAUGCCUGCUUGAAUUUCCUGGCAGCUAAGGGGAUAAACAUCCAGGGGCUGUCUGCCGAAGAAAUCAGGAAUGGCAACCUCAAGGCCAUUCUAGGCCUCUUCUUCAGCCUCUCCCGGUACAAACAGCAGCAGCAACAGCCCCAGCCCCAGAAGCAGCACCUCUCCUCACCGCUGCCGCCCGCUGGGUCCCAGGCGGCCGGGGCCCCCUUGCAGUGCCAGGCUGGCACUCCCCAGCAACAGGUGCCAGCCACCCCUCACGCCCCGGGCCAGCCUCACCAGCCAGCGCCACAUCAGCAGUCAAAAGCACAAGCGGAGAUGCAGUCCAGUGCAUCAUCCAAGGACUCAUCACAAAGCAAAAUCAUCCGCUUCACUCUCGGUCAGAAAAAGAUCUCUAGACUUCCAGGUCCUACCGCGAGGGUAUCCGCUGCGGGCAGCGAGGCCAAAACACGCGGAGGGUCAGCUGCUGCUAACAACCGGCGGAGCCAGAGCUUUAACAACUAUGACAAGUCCAAACCGGUCACCUCCCCUCCCCCACCACCACCAACAAGCAGCCACGAAAAAGAGCCAUUGGCCGGCCCAGCCUCCUCCCACCCCGGAAUGAGCGAAGAUGCACCUGCUGCUUUGGAGAGCGGCGGCGCCUCUUCGGCCAUCCCCCAGCCCAGCGCGGCCUCCAAGCCCUGGCGCAGCAAGUCAGUCAGCGUGAAACACAGUGCCACAGCCACCACGCUCUCGGUCAAGCCCCCAACGCCGGAGGCCCCCCGGCCCACCCCUGAAGCCCUGAAGCCAGCCCCCAACAAUCAGAGAUCCAUGCUGGAAAAACUAAAACUUUUCAACAGCAAGGGGACCUCCAAGGCAGGCGAGGGUCCAGGCUCACGGGACACAAGCUGUGAGCGGCUGGAGAUUCUGCCCAGCUUCGAGGAGAGUGAAGAGAUGGAGGCCGCUGGGCGCCCGCUGUCUGUGGCAGGGCCCCCCUCCAACAGCCCCAAGAUCGCACUCAAGGGCAUCGCCCAGAGAACUUUCAGCAGGGCGCUGACCAACAAGAAGAGUUCCCCGAAAGGCAGUGAGAAAGAAAAGGAGAAACAACAGCGAGAGAAGGAAAAGGAGAAAAGCAAGGACCUUGCCAAGAGAGCCUCGGUGACGGAGAGGCUGGACCUCAAGGAGGGGACGAGAGAAGAGCCCAGCGGGCCGGCGGUGACCGAGAUGCCAAAAAAGUCCUCCAAGAUCGCCAGCUUCAUCCCCAAAGGGGGGAAGCUCAACAGUGCCAAGAAGGAGGCCGCGGCCCCUUCCCACAGUGGAAUACCAAAACCAGGGAUGAAGAGCAUGCCCGGGAAGUCCCCAAGUGCCCCCACGCCUGCCAAGGAGGGGGAGCGGAGCCGGGGUGGGAAGCCAAGCUCAGGGCUCCCCCAGCAGAAGCCCCAGCUAGAUGGCCGACACUCCAGUUCCUCCUCCAGCCUUGCAUCCUCAGAAGGGAAAGGCCCAGGAGGGACCACCCUGAACCACAGCAUCAGCAGCCAGACUGUCAGUGGGUCUGUCGGGACCACCCAGACCACAGGAAGCAAUACUGUCAGUGUCCAGCUACCUCAGCCCCAGCAGCAAUACAGCCACCCCAACACUGCCACGGUGGCGCCUUUCCUGUACAGGUCCCAGACAGACACCGAAGGGAAUGUCACUGCCGAGUCCAGCUCAGGGGGUGUGACCGUGGAGCCCAGCCACUACACCAAGAGUGGACAGCCUGCCCUGGAGGAGCUCACUGGGGAAGAUCCGGAGGCUCGGCGACUGCGCACAGUGAAGAACAUUGCUGAUCUGCGGCAGAACCUGGAGGAGACCAUGUCCAGCCUACGGGGCACUCAGGUCACACACAGCACAUUGGAAACCACGUUUGACACCAACGUCACCACAGAGAUAAGCGGGCGCAGUAUUCUCAGCCUGACGGGCAGGCCCACCCCUCUCUCCUGGAGGCUCGGCCAGUCCAGCCCUCGGCUCCAGGCGGGAGACGCCCCCUCCAUGGGCAACGGGUACCCGCCCCGCGCCAACGCCAGCCGCUUCAUCAACGCUGAGUCGGGCCGCUAUGUGUACUCCGCCCCCCUGCGGAGGCAGCUGGCCUCCAGGGGCAGUGGCGUCUGCCACGUGGACGUCUCGGACAAAGCAGGAGACGAGAUGGACCUGGAAGGCCUCGGCAUGGACGCCCCUGGCUACAUGAGCGAUGGGGACGUUCUGAGCAAGAACAUCCGGGCAGACGACAUCACGAGUGGGUACAUGACCGAUGGUGGGCUUGGCCUCUACACCCGCCGCCUGAACCGGCUCCCUGAUGGGAUGGCUGUGGUACGGGAGACCCUACAAAGGAACACCUCCCUGGGCCUUGGGGAUGCUGACAGCUGGGAUGACAGCAGCUCCGUCAGCAGUGGGAUCAGCGACACCAUAGACAACCUCAGCACGGAUGACAUCAACACCAGCUCCUCCAUCAGCUCCUAUGCCAACACACCUGCCUCCUCGCGCAAGAACUUGGAUGUGCAGACCGAUGCAGAGAAGCACUCGCAGGUGGAGAGGAAUUCCCUGUGGUCCGGCGAUGAUGUCAAAAAGUCAGACGGAGGGUCAGACAGCGGCAUAAAGAUGGAGCCGGGGUCCAAGUGGAGGCGGAAUCCCUCUGACGUGUCUGACGAGUCUGACAAAAGCACGUCAGGCAAGAAGAACCCUGUCAUCUCGCAGACAGGCUCGUGGCGGCGAGGCAUGACAGCUCAGGUGGGCAUCACUGUGCCGAGGACGAAGCCAGCUGCUCCAGCAGGCACGCUCAAGACCCCAGGAACUGGAAAAACAGAUGAUGCAAAAGUAUCUGAGAAAGGAAGGCUGUCACCCAAAGCCUCCCAGGUGAAGCGCUCCCCAUCAGACGCCGGCCGUAGCAGUGGUGAUGAAUCCAAGAAGCCCCUCCCCAGCAGCUCUAGGACACCCGCAGCCAAUGCCAACAGCUUUGGGUUCAAGAAGCAGAGUGGCUCUGCCGCUGGUCUGGCCAUGAUCACAGCCAGUGGGGCCACUGUCACCAGCAGGUCAGCCACCCUGGGCAAAAUCCCAAAGUCAUCUGCUCUUGUCGGUCGGUCCACCGGUCGGAAGACAAGCAUGGAUGGAGCUCAGAAUCAGGACGACGGGUAUCUGUCUCUCAGCUCCCGGACAAACUUACAGUACCGGAGUUUGCCAAGGCCCAGUAAGUCCACCAGCCGGAACGGGGCUGGGAACAGGUCUAGUACCAGCAGCAUAGAUUCCAACAUCAGCAGCAAGUCAGCAGGCCUGCCAGUGCCCAAGCUGAGGGAGCCUUCCAAAACAGCCCUGGGCAGCUCUUUGCCAGGUCUGGUCAACCAGACGGAUAAGGAGAAAGGCAUCUCAUCUGACAACGAGAGCGUGGCUUCCUGUAACUCAGUGAAAGUAAACCCGGCAGCCCAGCCUGUGUCCAGUGCGGCUCAGGCCACUCUCCAGCCAGGAGCCAAGUACCCGGAUGUGGCCUCCCCCACGCUCCGCAGGCUCUUUGGUGGGAAGCCUACCAAGCAAGUGCCCAUCGCCACAGCCGAAACCAUGAAAAACUCGGUGGUCAUCUCCAACCCUCAUGCCACCUUGACCCAGCAAGGUAACCUAGAGUCCCCCUCGGGCAGCGGCGUCCUGAGCAGUGGGAGCAGCAGCCCCCUGUACAGUAAGAACGUGGACAGCAACCAGUCCCCUCUAGCCUCCAGCCCCAGCUCGGCCCACUCGGGCCCCUCCAACAGCCUCACGUGGGGCACCAAUGCCAGCAGCUCCUCGGCCGUUAGCAAGGACGGCCUGGGCUUCCAGUCGGUCAGCAGCCUCCACACCAGCUGCGAGUCCAUCGACAUCUCCCUCGGCAGCGGGGGGGCACCGAGUCACAACUCCUCCACCGGCCUCCUCGCCUCCUCUAAGGAUGACGCCCUGACCCCCUUCGUCAGAACCAACAGCGUGAAGACCACGCUGUCAGAAAGCCCUCUCUCUUCCCCUGCCGCUAGCCCUAAGUUCUGCAGAAGUACUCUGCCCAGGAAACAGGACAGUGACCCGCACCUUGAUAGGAACACUUUGCCUAAAAAAGGACUCAGGUAUACUCCCACCUCCCAGCUUCGCACACAGGAAGAUGCAAAAGAAUGGUUGCGGUCACACUCUGCAGGGGGCCUGCAGGACACCGCUGCCAACUCCCCCUUUUCCUCUGGCUCCAGUGUGACUUCUCCCUCCGGAACCAGAUUCAACUUUUCUCAGCUGGCGAGUCCCACCACGGUCACCCAGAUGAGCUUGUCCAACCCUACAAUGCUGAGGACCCACAGCCUCUCCAAUGCUGACGGGCAGUAUGACCCGUACACGGAGAGCCGCUUCCGGAAUAGCUCCAUGUCCCUGGAUGAGAAGAGCAGAACCAUGAGCCGCUCGGGCUCAUUCCGGGAUGGGUUUGAAGAAGUUCAUGGAUCCUCGCUCUCCCUGGUUUCCAGCACGUCGUCAGUUUACUCUACACCAGAAGAAAAAUGCCAGUCAGAGAUUCGCAAACUACGGCGGGAGCUGGAUGCCUCCCAGGAGAAGGUUUCAGCUCUGACCACCCAGCUGACAGCAAAUGCUCACCUCGUGGCAGCCUUUGAACAGAGUCUUGGAAACAUGACAAUCAGGCUCCAGAGCUUAACCAUGACGGCUGAGCAGAAGGAUUCAGAACUGAAUGAGUUAAGAAAAACCAUUGAGCUGUUGAAGAAGCAGAACGCAGCUGCCCAGGCUGCCAUUAAUGGAGUAAUUAACACCCCGGAGCUCACCUGCAAAGGAAAUGGUACCUCCCAGUCCGCAGACCUCCGCAUCCGCAGACAGCACUCCUCUGACAGUGUUUCCAGCAUCAACAGCGCCACCAGCCACUCCAGCGUGGGCAGCAACAUAGAGAGUGAUUCAAAGAAAAAGAAGAGAAAGAACUGGGUCAAUGAGUUGCGCAGCUCCUUCAAGCAAGCCUUCGGGAAGAAGAAGUCGCCCAAGUCGGCGUCCUCUCAUUCGGACAUCGAGGAGAUGACGGAUUCUUCGCUGCCUUCCUCACCAAAGCUGCCGCACAACGGUUCCGCGGGCUCCACCCCGCUGCUGAGGACCUCUCACUCCAGCUCUCUCAUUUCAGAGUGCAUGGACAGUGAGGCCGAGACGGUCAUGCAGCUCCGAAACGAGCUGAGAGACAAGGAGAUGAAGCUGACCGACAUCCGCCUGGAAGCCCUCAGCUCUGCGCACCAGCUGGACCAGCUCCGGGAGGCCAUGAACAGGAUGCAGAGUGAAAUAGAGAAGCUGAAAGCUGAGAAUGACCGGCUGAAGUCAGAGUCACAAGGCAGUGGUUGCAGCCGGGCGCCCUCCCAGGUGUCCCUCUCUGCCUCCCCAAGGCAGUCCAUGGGCCUCUCCCAGCACAGCCUGAACCUCGCCGAGUCAAGCAGCCUGGACAUGUUGCUGGAUGACACUGGUGAAUGCUCGGCUCGGAAGGAAGGAGGCAGGCAUGUUAAGAUAGUUGUCAGCUUUCAGGAGGAAAUGAAGUGGAAGGAGGAUUCCAGACCACACCUCUUUCUCAUUGGCUGCAUUGGCGUUAGUGGCAAGACCAAGUGGGAUGUGCUCGAUGGGGUGGUUAGACGGCUGUUCAAAGAAUACAUCAUUCAUGUCGAUCCGGUGAGUCAGCUGGGGCUGAAUUCAGACAGCGUCCUCGGCUACAGCAUUGGGGAGAUCAAACGCAGCAACGCUUCCGAGACCCCCGAGCUCCUCCCCUGCGGCUACCUGGUCGGAGAGAACACGACCAUCUCCGUGGCUGUCAAAGGGCUUGCAGAAAACAGCCUGGACUCUCUGGUGUUCGAGUCCCUGAUCCCCAAGCCCAUCCUGCAGCGCUACGUCUCCCUGCUGGUGGAACACCGGCGGAUCAUUCUCUCUGGGCCCAGCGGCACUGGGAAAACCUACCUGGCCAACCGGCUGUCAGAGUACCUGGUACUCCGGGAGGGACGGGAGCUGACAGACGGGGUCAUCGCCACCUUCAACGUGGACCACAAGUCCAGCAAGGAGCUGCGCCAGUACCUGUCCAACCUUGCGGACCAGUGUGCCAGUGAGAACAACGCUGUGGACAUGCCUCUGGUCAUCAUCCUGGACAACCUGCAUCACGUCAGCUCCCUGGGCGAGAUCUUCAAUGGGCUACUCAACUGCAAGGACCACAAAUGCCCUUACAUAAUUGGCACAAUGAACCAGGCUACCUCUUCCACUCCCAACCUGCAGCUACAUCAUAACUUCAGGUGGGUGCUUUGUGCCAACCACACGGAGCCCGUGAAGGGUUUCCUGGGCCGGUUCCUGAGGCGGAAGCUCAUGGAGACAGAGAUCAGUGGGCGGGUGCGGAAUGUGGAGCUGGUGAAAAUCAUCGACUGGAUUCCCAAGGUCUGGCAUCACCUCAACCGCUUCCUGGAGGCUCACAGCUCCUCGGACGUCACCAUAGGGCCCCGGCUCUUCCUGUCCUGCCCCAUCGACGUGGAUGGUUCCAGGGUGUGGUUCACGGACCUGUGGAACUACUCCAUCAUCCCCUAUCUCCUGGAAGCUGUCAGAGAAGGACUCCAGCUCUAUGGAAGGCGGGCCCCCUGGGAGGAUCCCGCCAAGUGGGUGAUGGACACCUAUCCUUGGGCAGCCAGCCCCCAGCAGCACGAGUGGCCUCCCCUUCUGCAGCUCCGGCCUGAGGAUGUCGGCUUCGACGGCUACUCCAUGCCACGGGAGGGGUCAACCAGCAAGCAGAUGCCCCCCAGCGAUGCUGAAGGAGACCCGCUGAUGAACAUGCUCAUGAGGCUGCAGGAGGCAGCCAACUACUCCAGCCCGCAGAGCUACGACAGCGACUCCAACAGCAACAGCCAUCACGACGACAUCCUGGACUCGUCUCUGGAGUCUACUCUGUGACAGGGGCCGGGCCAUGGAGCCUGCCCCCUCACCCUCCUCCUCCUCGCCCUCUCCACCUGCAUCCUCUGCACCAUCCCGGAGAUGCCCUCCUGAGCCAGCCCCCGGCCGCGGCCAGAGCGCCACAGGAAGACCCAGCCCCCUCGCCCUCCAGCCUUGACCUGGGUGCAGGCAUCCCAGGCCAGCCGCCUUGGGACCGCGUCCUUCCACUGCACUAUCUUCUGUUUGAAUUAUUGUUUUGCCUUGUUGCUGUGACCUCCCUAAGACACUGAAAGAUACUUCUCGGGAAAGGAUCAUCACCGUUGAAACAAAAAUGGCAAACAAACCAACCAACCAAGCUCUGAAACCAAACAGCAUCCUGCCCUGAGCUGCCCAGAGACAGAAGAGACUAGAGCAAAGUCGGAAACGGACACGGCACGGCUUCCCCCUGAGCACAGACCCUGCAGACCAGGUCUUGCCGCCAGCACCCCUACACCCCACCAGUGCCCUUCCACCCCGCCGAUGCCCUUCCACACCGCCGGCCACAGAGAGAUCGGGGGCAAGCUGGGGCCCUUGCUUUGGUCACACUCAACAAACUGCAGAGCUGCAACACAGGGAACCUUAGGAAAAACAAAUCGUGCUUUCUCUCUUUUGUUUUUUAAAUGGUGCUCUCCUUACCCGAGAGGUAUUUUGCCUGUUCCAGUUCAACCCCACCUUUCAGAUCCGUCAGCCUCCAGUUCAUCCACGAGCGAGAGCGAAGGUGUGAAAAUGUGGCCGAGCAGAUGUGGCUGUAAACCCAGAACAGCAUGUGUCUGUUUCCUCCUUGUUUAUAAACGAAUCAGGUUUUUUUCCUGCUAACACUGUGUACAGUGAGAAUUGGUCUACUUUGGAGAACUGAUCACCCCUUUGAAAAUGAGGUUGAGUUUCUCCCUUUCUGACUCUUGGUUUUGAAGAUUUUUGUUUUUUUCCCUCCUUCCCCUCGUAGUCAGAAUCCAUCCUUUGGUGAACGUGAGAACCGCAGGAGUUGGGUUUUGGUUUGGUCCUGCUGAGUUUUGGUUUUCAGUUGUCCACCCUCUCAGUUCUGUACACUCGCUGCCUCCUGCUGGGGCUGGGGUCACUGUGUCCCUUAUGGUGGACCAGGACCCCGUCCUCAGCACGUGGGUGAGCGGGACCUUGCCUUUCCUCCUCGUCCUCGAGGCUGUAGGACGCCCAUCGACACCUCUAGUGUGCCAGCCCCAACCUUGGAUGGGGUGUGAGGUCACCUCGUCAAACACUUGCACUUUCCUCAGAACCAACGUGACGUCAUACAAUUCGACAGGUGGUGGGGCGGUUGCUCCCUUCCAGAAGCCCCAGCCUCUGUCGGACGAGUCUUGCCUGACCUCUUCGGUGCUGACCUUCCCAAAGCGAUGCCUUACUGGUUUUGUACUAACCGCGUUCGUUGAUGAGUGUCGUGCCUGCCUGGGGUCCGUUUUUUUGUUUGUUUGUUUUCCCCAUGAGAGCAAACAGGGCUAAAAAGUCAUCUGCUCAUUAGGAGAACGCAAGUUAAUGUGACUUUUCUCAUCCAAAAGAAUCAUUUGUGUGGGUGCGUGACCGUGGGAAAAAGAAAAAGAGGAAAAAAAAGGAAAGAUCUUUUUUUUUUUUUUUAGAUUCUUAGUUUCCUGCUAACACCCUGCUGCCUGGACGAUGAAUCUGUCUUGUGCAUGAAAAGGCAAAAGUUCUGACAACAUUACAUGACAUCACUGACCGACACUCCAUUAGUGUAUGUCUUCCACAUGCUGGAAUUUUCUCUGCAGAGCUUGGUAAAUCUUUGAGUCAUUUGUUUCUGUUUGAUAAAGAAAAUCUUUAUUGGACCCCCUUGGUGGGGGUGUCUCUGUUAAUGAUCAGGGUUUUUCCAUUUUUUUUUUAACAUUUCUUUUUCCAACGGUCCCUCUCUCUACAUUUUUUCUUAUUUUCUUCCCACAAGAGCUUGACCUGAAACUGCUCACAUUACAUUGGUCCUCAUCAUUUCCUUCCUCCUUGAAAGGAAGAGGGCGAUGUGUCCCACCAACAGGUCAGUGGAAAACCUCUCCAUGUGCUCUUUUCUUGAAUCUUAGUAAACUCCGACUCUAUUCUCUCAAGCCUUCCUUAGUCAUCCGGGUGUGUGAGUGUGUCUUGUUCUGUUUCGUUUUUCAUAAAAUGUUUGAAGCAUGUAUCUAGCCUGUGACCGCGGGCCACACCCUGAGCCUUCUGGUAAACCCGAACAGUGAUCCUUCCCAGUUUAUCUCGCAGCGAUGACCUUACACGCUCAUACUGUGAAUUCAGGAGGAGGUAAAAUUGACUUCUCCUCAUGGGCAGUUUUCCCAGUCACCUUGUGAGUCGACACCUGCCAAUAUCCUUUGGAACUAUUUUUUUUAUUAUUAUUUAAUGACACCCUCCAUUCUCUUCCUCGUCUCCCCAGUCCUACAGACUUCCCUUCCACUGGGUCCAGGCUCAGCACCGAGACCUCUGUCCCUGGUGCUACCUGACUAGGGAAUGAUGGUUUCAAGGAGUGUAGCCCUCAUAUGAUUCGCAACUCGGUGUCCUUCCUCAAGUUUCGGGAAGCAGGGUUGUCUGAUAUGCACAUUUCGUACUUUGGUCCUGUUUUACUUUUGUGUCGCUCACCUUUGACAAAGUGACUUUGUGCUCAUUUAGGGCUCUGUCCAAAAUGCUUCCAUUUGCCUUUUUCUACAGUUAGGCUCAUUUUGAAAUGUAUGAAAUUCUAUGCAACAUUUGUGUUGAGUUACCAGUGGAAGCCAAAAGUUUUCUUCCCAAACUGCCAAGAAUUAUACAGGCCAUAAAUGAGAUGGGAAUACCUUUUAAUUUAAGGUGGUGGGUGGGAUAGGGGUGGGACAAGGAACGAGACUUGCCUAGACCUUUGUUGUAUCUUGGGGACAUUUUUAAAUUUUAUUGUUGAUGCUUAAACUUCAAAAUUCUGUGUGUUCAAAUUUGAUUGUGGCGAAUCUACUUCAAAAGGAAAAAAAAAACCAUCCAACUUUGUGGAUAUUCAAUGGAAGGUUUGCUGUUUUGAUCUAGUUGUUUCCAGUGGAGCAGUUUAUGAAAUAUGUUCUAUAAGAUGUACAUUUUUUCAUUGUAACAUAGAAAUUGUAAAUAAUUGAUUAAAGUGCUGCAUUUUGAUGAAUUUUUUCUAGCCAUUUUUAAAGAGAAAACUAGGAAUUGAGUAUUUUGUGUACGGUAUGUUUCCAUCCUCCGUCCCCUUUCUCCUUCUCUCCCUCCUUCCCUAUUUAAUUUUCAUUUGUCAUGAGGUUUUUGGAUUUGCCAAUGAUCUGCCAGAGAUCAUGCCCCACGUCAUAGAGAAUAAAGCUGAUGAUUGUACCAGUCUUAAAUUAUUCAUGAUUCAAUAAAAUUGAUGCUUAUUUAUUCAGA